CAAACGUGAGAGAUUUAGCACUAUUAUAAACUGACCUCAAUUAUUUUUUUUUGGUUUCCAUCCCUCAGUCAAUUUAUCUCCUUCUUCUCUCUCCCCAUCUCUCUCUCUUCAAAUGAAACCUCAGAUAUCAGUCGACUAUCUUUCUCAUUCCUGGAACGUCUCAGAUUUAAAUCUAGCUUACAGUCAAAAUCAUCGACAGCUAUUACGGAUUCAGCAAAACUUACAUGAACUACCUUUGACGUCUGGUCGAGAUCAAUAUCGUCGCCUAAAAACCGAGCACACUCGCUUGAUAAGAUAUCAAAAUGCCCUCUGGCGACAAAUGUCUAUGCUAUCGACUGAUCGCCUCGGUAAAAAUAACAAAAGAGUCAAUCCGUCCGAUUUAAAUUGGCAAAAAGAUUCUGAUAUCACUUGGUUGCUCGGACCAUUGUACUGUUCCGAAUGUGAAAACGACACGGAAUUUCAAGAACGAUGUGCUCGUUCUCAAGGCGUGUUAUUAGAUCACAGCGAUCGUCGAUUUUCUACGCCUGGUUUGAAGCCUGCGCUUAAAACAAGCUCUACAAGCUUUAACCAUACUAAAACACGCCUAACUAAAUCUUUGAGCCCGUCGCCCUCCACUACCAACUUGGUGCGAUUUGAUACCCACGUUGAAAAAAUCACAUUUCAAGCCGAGUAUCCAACCAGUGUUCGGUCAGCGAGCUUAGAUCAUCUAUUGGCGAGCGAAAAUAUGGACGAUGACACCACUUUGGAUUUUAACACCAUGAUGGAAUUUGUCGGGCUGGCCAUACAUGCAUUCAUCUCCAUGCUCCUAUCAUCCAAAGCACAGAUCAAGCCCGAUCACCGCAGUGAUACACGUACAUUGGCUACUUUGGUUCGGUACUGUAGAACUCUUUUUUCCGUCAUACUCGUCACAGCCGCGUUUACAAAAAGCAUUACUAUGACUUCGUCUUAUCAAUAUCGACAAGCUUGGAAGCAUCGUACGCGACUCUCUAAGCGCACUAUCCGAUUUGAAUAGUUAUAUAUUAUGUAUCAUUUUUCACCCUUAUCACACACUAUCAUGUAAAUAUUCAACUUUUUUCUUCCACCAAUUUUUUUUUUUUGGUUCUCAGUUCGUCGUGCUGGCACCAAU